AGGAUUUGACUCUUUCGCGCGCUCUCUCUCUUUCUGUGUGGCUUGUUUCUGACUCUGAGAUGACGGCUGCUGCGACGAUGGACGCUGCAGUGCCGCUGUCGAGGCAGAGUUCGCGCGACGCCGACUCGCUCAAGACGCUGCUCACCCUCAUCCCUACCACGAGCGCCAGACAAGACCUCAACCGAUUCACGCGCCUGUUCACGGCCACCGCACUGAUCGGCGCCUGUGUCGCUGCGUUUUACUAUGGCUUGCCGUGGUUUAUGCUGCCGCUGUGGUGGGCCGUGUACGGCACCGCCCUGUACGGCCUGUUCUCGGUGGCCGCUGCCUGCUCGGACGACUCGCUCACCAGCAGCAAGCUCAUCAACCGCGUUGUCGGCACCAUCGCGCUGCUUCCCGUCCUGAUUUCGUUCGAGAGCCUCAAGCACCGCCGUCGCCUGGUCGCCCAGGCCAUCGCCGACUCCAAGACCACCGCCAUCCACGCCGUCGAUGCCGCUGUCGAGCGCGUUGGCUCGCUUUGGUACGGAUGGUACUUGUCCAGCUUUGUCGACUGGAUUGGCUCGGCGAUCGUCUUCACCCGUGACCAGUGGUACUACUUUGUCAUCAACCACGUCAUCCUCUUUGCCUUUGCCGCGGUCUUCUUCCCGGUCAUGGUCUACCUGGUCGGCUACUGGGGUCUGCUCAAGUUCUGGGUCGGUCCAUUCCUCGUCUACCACCUCUGGAUGUCCUCGUCCAUUCGCGUGCGUCUCGCCAUGUCUGUCGAGAUUCGCUUCCUUCAGGAGCGUGCCGAACAGUACAAGUCGCUGAUUGCUCGUCUAGAGCAGGUGCCAGAGUCUGCCGUCCACGAAAUUUCGCAGUGGCUGGCCUCCGUCCGCUCGGCAGCUGCCGACAAGAACCUGCGCAUCGACAGCUGGCGUCUUCGCUUUUUCGACUACUUUUUUGGCAGCGAUGUGUUUGGACCGACCCCUGCCGUGUCGAGCGUGUUUGAGCCAGUGACCCCGGCGAGCUCGCCUGUUAGCGUUGCGGACGCCGACCUCAACGAGACGCACGCCAACGAUGUUGCCGUCACCUCGCCCCUUGACGCUCCGUCCGAGCCCAUCAAGGCCCCUGCGGACGACAAGCAAGCCUCCCUCAUUUCGCGCAUCAACUGGGUCACGGCCACUUGGCUGACCGUCACCCCGCUGCUGUCCAUUUACGGCCUCGCCACUUGCGACUGGCACCUGAAGACGUUCGUUCUUGGCUUUGUCCUGUACCAGCUCGGCGGCAUCGGCAUCACUGCUGGCUACCAUCGCCUCUUCUCCCACCGCUCCUACGAUGCGGCAACCAUUCCCAAGAUGAUUCUCACGGUCAUGGGCACUUCGAGCUUUGAAGGCUCUGUUUUCGAGUGGUGCAGCGACCACCGCGCACACCACCGCUACACGGACACUGACCGCGACCCUUACAACGUCAAUCGCGGCUUCUGGUACGCGCACAUGGGCUGGUUGCUGUUCAAGAACAAGACGCGCCACACGUUCAGCGACAUUUCCGACCUGCAAAAGAUUUCGUGGCUCCAGUUCCAGCACCGCUACUUUGCCUUGCUGGCCAUGCUCACUGGUCUGGUCCUGCCUACCCUCAUUGCAGGUUUUGGCUGGGGUGAUUGGAUGGGCGGUUUCCUGAUCGCCGGCGUCGGUCGCACCGUCUUCCUGCAGCAAUGCACCUUCUUUAUCAACAGUCUCGCUCACUUCUGGGGCGAUGCCACCUAUUCCGACCAACGCUCGCCCCGUGACUCGUACUUUGUCUCGCUGCUCACUUUCGGCGAGGGCUACCACUGCUUCCACCACGAAUUCCCGUACGACUACCGCAACGGCAUUCGUGCGCUCCAUUACGACCCCGGCAAAUGGGUCAUUGCCUCCAUGGAGAUGCUCGGACUGGCGUGGAACCUGAAGCGCUUCCCCGACGAGGUGAUUGAGAAGGGCAAGCUACAGAUGCAGCAAAAGCGCCUGAACGAGGCCAAGAGCAAGAUUGAGUGGGGCCCUGCCAUCGACUCGCUGCCAUUCAUCACCAUGCAGGACAUGAGCAAUCGCGUGGCCGAGGGUGCCAUGCUGCUCGUCGUUGACAGCAUCGUCCACGAUGUCCGCGAUUUUGCCGACCAGCACCCCGGCGGCGCACCUCUCCUCAAGUCGUACAUUUGCAAGGAUGCCUCGCUUGCCUUCAACGGCAUGAGCUACAAUCAUUCGCUUGCGGCUCGCAACAUUCUCAAGACGCUUCGCAUGGCGCGCAUCGAGGAUGCCUCGUCCGAGAAGAAGACCCAGUAAAAAAAAAAAAAAGGGCGAAGACAACAAAUAGUUGCGGAUUUCAUUCAUCUGAUUUUAACUGGCGUGUUGCAUGUUGAGAACGGUUUGGAUUGGUAUGCAACUGGUCAGAGUAC